UAUUGGCACCUUAGGGCUUCCCGAGGAGCCGCCACAGCUUCUGGAGAAAGUUACGUUACCACAGCCGUGUGUAUUACUGAGGCUGGCUGGAAACUGCAGGUUAUGUAAUCCAGAGUUAGCGUCUGCGUGGGACUGAUUCUGCCCCUGCGUGUGUCUGCAGGACGACGUGAGGCACAAGGUUCACCUGAACACCUUUGGCUUCUUCAAGGAUGGGUACAUGCAGGUCAACGUCAGCAGCCUGUCGGUGAGCGAGCCUGAAAGAGCCGCAGACAAGGACGCCGCCCUUGGAUUCAGCCUAGAACGUACGAAGAACGAUGGCUUUUCGUCCUACCUGGAUGAAGAUGCGAAUUACUGUAUUCUGAAGAAGCAGUCCGUCUCCGUCACUCUUCUAAUCCUAGACUUCUCCAGAAGUGAGGUGAAGGUCAAGUCUCCGUCGGAAGCUGGUGCUCCCUUCCCGGUGGUGGUCGUCAGCAGGGAUGACAAAGUCCUUGGUCAGAGCCAGAAGCCCGACGCUGACCCUGGCUCCGCAGGCAACCACACCCAGGAAGCCCAAGAAAGUGGGAAUUCUAAAAGAAGCGCAGUGGAUUCCAAGGUGACAGGCGAGAAAUCCUUUUCUGUCCAUACUAGUGGCGGUGCCGUUUCAUUUCAGUUUUUCUUUAACAUCAGCACCGAUGACCAAGCGGGCCUUUACAGCCUGUAUUUUCACAAGUGCCCUGGGAAGCACUCGCAGCCUGUGGACAAGUUUUCCUUCAGCCUGGACGUUAGGAUCACAGAGAAGAACCCUGACAGCUACCUCUCCGCGGGAGAAAUCCCGCUGCCCGCGCUCUACAUCUCUGCGGCGUUCUUCUUCUUCCUCUCGGGGACCGUCUGGAUCCACAUCCUUCGGAAGAGAAGGAACGAUGUGUUUAAAAUCCACUGGUUGAUGGCGGCCCUUCCCUUCACCAAGUCUCUCUCCCUGGUGUUUCAUGCAAUCGACUACCACUACAUCUCCUCCCAGGGCUUCCCCAUCGAGGGCUGGGCCGUGGUGUACUACAUAACCCACCUUCUGAAGGGGGCGCUGCUGUUCAUCACCAUCGCACUCAUCGGCACUGGCUGGGCUUUCAUUAAGCACAUCCUCUCGGAUAAGGACAAAAAGAUCUUCAUGAUCGUCAUCCCACUGCAGGUCCUGGCCAAUGUGGCCUACAUCAUCAUCGAGUCCACUGAGGAGGGCACCACGGAGUACGGCCUGUGGAAGGACUCCCUGUUUCUGGUGGACCUGCUGUGCUGCGGAGCCAUCCUCUUCCCAGUGGUGUGGUCAAUCAGGCACUUACAGGAGGCAUCAGCAACAGAUGGCAAAGCUGCUAUCAACCUAGCAAAGCUGAAGCUUUUCAGGCACUACUACGUCUUGAUCGUGUGUUACAUAUACUUCACCAGGAUCAUCGCGUUUCUCCUUAAACUUGCUGUUCCCUUCCAGUGGAAGUGGCUCUACCAGCUCCUGGAUGAAAUGGCCACGCUGGUGUUCUUUGUACUUACGGGGUACAAAUUCCGCCCGGCUUCAGACAACCCCUACCUGCAGCUGUCUCAGGAGGAAGACGACCUGGAGAUGGAGUCUGUAGUGACGGCGUCUGGGGUGACGGAGAACGUGAAGAAGGUCAAGAAGGCAACCAACGGCUCCGUGGAGCCCCCGGGCGGCUGGGCGGGCACGGCGUGACCUCCCACCGGGGCCGGCGCCCGCCGGGGACGGCGCCCGGCAGACUGUUCACACACUGACGGUCCUGCUGGCCAGCAGGAGCUUCCCGACAGCCCCAGCGCGGGCUGCGCCGCCUCCGGCCUCUCGCUUUCAGCUGGGUCUGCGGCUGGUGGCAGGCAGCUAGGACUCCUCAGGUGGGAGCGUUCGGUGGGGGGAGGGACAGAGGAGGAUAAAAGGAAGAGAGUCUGUUUUUAGAUUUCUUUUUUUUUUUCUUUUUAACUGGGAGCACUGAGGGGCGCGGCUGUGCCCCGUGUGUGUUGCACCCAGGGCGCGGUGGUGGCUGGGCAGGAGGCACGGGCGGGCUGUCUCCACGGCACAGCGCACGGAGGGGCCGACAGGUACCGUGGAAAAGCAGAGUCGGCUCAGUGAGUGCAGCCCUGCCCGCGGCUCCUGGCCCUGCGACCCCAGACCCUUGUUCCGGAUUCUGACAGCUCCGGAGGCCGGGCGUCUGACGGCACUGUGGGGUCUGUGUUGCCAGGUGCACGGAAGGAUAUGGAAGCUCCCAGAGCCUGGGUCCUGGCUGCCACGCGGCACCCGCCCCGCCCCCUCCCUCUCAGAGCUGUCUGUUCUUUAAGAAGGGAAGGACUUUCCUUACGGGUCAACGAGGGGCCAGGGAGGUGGUGUUUCUGCCGGGGCUUAAGUACAGUGAGCGUUCCCCAGAGAGGUGCUGCCGGGCUGGGGCCCGUGCUGCAGGGAAGGCGCAGGGGGAGGUGAGUGCGUGCGGGCGUCUGAGUGGUGAGGGAACUGCAGCUCUCACCACACUUGGGGUGGGGUGGGCAGUAUUUUGAGUCGCAGAUGGGACACACUCAGAGGCCCUGUGACCAGAACAUGGUGCCGGCAGGAGCGCUGGUGCUCAGGGCUGGGGGCUUCCAGCAAGUCCAGGGCACCCCUGCCGGGCUCACCGGGGAGCUGCGCCUCCGGGUGACAGCAGCGUCCUGGGGUUGCUUUCUCAUCUCCAGUUGGGGUCUGUGAGAAGCCAUGGGGGCUGAGGGUGACAGUGCCCCAGGUCAUUUCUCAGCCACCUCUGUGCUGGGGUCACUCCCUAAGUGUCCCGAGGAAGUGGGGUCACUGUGCACACUUCGCUCCCCCUCCAAGCUCUGCCCCGCCCACCCCUGCUGACUCCCAAAGAACAGGCACCUCCCUGGGCCUCUGGGGGUGUGGAUUGUCCCGUCUUGGGGAGAAGGCAGGUGUACCCCAAGUGUUCGCUUUCAUGUUGUACAGUCUCGGAGCUGUGUGACAGGUGGGGCCGCACUCCAUUCCUGUGCAUCAGCGACACCAGUGCUGCAAGAGUGGGGUCUCAGGUUGUGACCCCCCAGGCCCUCCUGGGCUCCCAGGUCCUUGGCAAGAGCAAGAGGUGUGAUGACCCCUCCCUGCCAGGAGGGGUCCCCAUUUCCCAGACUGGGGUGCAGGCAGGGGAGUGAGUGAGAGAAGAGCACGGAGCCCAGCCUGAGCGCCGGGCGCACCUCCCAUACUGGCGCCCUGCUCGCUCCCAGUGGCCGGUGGCUGCAGGUGGCAGCCCGCAGGGCUCAGCACAGGGCUGCACGGGUGAGAGAGGGCGCACUGGCCACAGCGUCCGGCACGGAGCCUGGCUGCCCAUCCUGUGCCGGGGCUAGAGGAAGGGUCCAAGCCAGCGUGGUGAUACCGGAACUCAGAACCUCAGCCCAAGGUGGCAAAGCCGGCCGCAGCUCCAGGCUUCCAAGCAGCGUUGUCAGCUUCCCGCCCCGUCUGAAUGUGGCGCUCGUCCGUGGCCUAAGCUGUGACCCAGCCUUCGGCUCUGCUGGGGCCGCUGCCGGUCGCUCCCUCAGCUCACAAGCGGCCUCCCUGCUGCCUGAUGCCCAGAGUCCUCUGGGGCUUGGCGUCACCCCGUGUUUGGAUGCUGGAGCCCUUGCGGUGUUUCGGGGCAGGAGAGCUGGGCUGCACGUGGCAGAACCGCUGUGCUUUGUGCUCCCUGCCUGCCUGCCUGCCUGCCUGCCCAGAGCGUCCGCGCUCCGUGGAGGGAGCUGCCCCAGAGCGUCCGCGCUCCGUGGAGGGAGCUGCCCCAGAGCGUCCGCGCUCCGUGGAGAGCUGCCCCAGAGUGUCCGCGCUCCGUGGAGAGCUGCGUGGACUGCAGGUGCCACCAGCCGCGAGGUUAACAAGUUGCAUGCAUUUUGCUAGAAAACCGUUUUCUGGACAAUAGGAGCCAUCACUGAUCCCCUGAUCCCGGCUCCUGACGGCGGCAAGGACUGGGGCUGUCUGUCUCGCGGUCCCUCCGUGCUUCCAAGGUUAGCAGUGAUGCGCACAGGGUGCCGGCUGGAACUGGUGGGCUGGCGCCUCUGGCUCCUGAGGCGGGGCGGGCUGGGGCCUUGCUCCCCUGUGAGAGGCCCUGGUCUCAGUCCAGGUUCCUUUAAGAGACCACGUCACAUACAGCCAGGCUGCCCCCCGGACGUGCCACUUGGGGUGGAGUCUCCACUGUCCCUGGCCCCACACCUCCCCUCCCCUCCCUCCCGCCAGGCUUGCUGUGGGGCCACAGCCAUGUGGGGAGGCUCACAGGGGGGUCACCUUACUCAGAGCGUGGCUUGUUGGGUCUUCAGGCAAGUCCGCUGCCAGAGGGGAGUGCAGGAGCCCACCGGCCUCACGCCCCGCCCCGGCCUUUGUCCAGGAGGCCCCUAGGGCGAGGCCUGAGGUUGCUGGCCCAGCCCCCGCCCUCCCAGCGCGCUGUGUACUGGAGCCCGGGCUGCCGCUCAUUUUUCCUUGCAGGACUCAGUGCGUUGAUGUCUGCUACACCCGUGCCUCCUGGUUGAUCAAGAAGGCAUCGAUGUGGGAACACCCAGUUGUCGCGGAAGGGCCGCUCACGCACUUCCCUGGGUGUUGCGGGCAGGCGGUCUGUGAGACGCGCACCUUGGGCCACGCCGGUGCUGCUCGACCUGCACGCGGGCCCGCUCUCCUGGGGAAGCCGCUGUGCCUGUCCACGGGGGCUGUGCUGGAAGAACGCUGCCUUUCCGCUGGGGCAUGGACGCGUACCCCAAAACACUGAGGGGCGCGGUGGGCCGUGGUCAGCCGGAUCAGGGGAUUCUUGGCGGGCGGUUUGCAGCUGGCCAUCGGAAGGGGGAGUUAGAAUGAAGUCAGUGGAGGUCAGAGUGGAGCGGAAGUACCCGGUGGCCCCUGUGGCCGUCAGCUCUCAGCGAUGCGAUGUGGCGCAGCCAGAGCUGGCAGUGGGGCCAGAGGUCAGCCUCCGUAGUGCGGAAGGUGCUGUGAGGUUGCAAGACCGGGGAGCGCUGGCCUCCGCAGCCUCUGGGCGCCACCCGAUGCGUCUGCCUGUGCACGUGACCCCAGGGGCACGCAGACGCCUGGAAUCCAGAAGUUGGGUUUGAGCGGGGGCUUGCAGGACUACAAGUGGCAUUUGCUUUUCAGGUUAAACUGGGGUGCAGGGGGCUUCGGUAACCUUCUAACAGUAACGAUCGCGGCAGAGUAUUUAUGUAAACGUGACGGCGGGGUCGGGUCAGGUACUGCUCAUGUGUACAAUAAAGGCUCUGUGACGGAA